AUGCAUGUUGUGGGAUUAUGGGCAAAGAUAGCGUUUGGAACAGGCUGUGUAGUGAUGGGGUGUGUGGUUGCUUUGAUGGGGAUGUUAACGCAGAGUGUACUCUACUUUGAGCCGGUAGCGACUGUUGUGAGUGUUAUGGAGGAGGAUUAUUAUGGGUUGGAGGGCAUGAAGAAGAGCCGCCGUCUCUUGGAAGGAAAGCGCACUACAGCGUGGGUUGUCACCAUAUCUUACAUGGUAAUUUAUGGGCUAGUUGGUCAUGCAGCGCUUAAGGGUUACAUGCAUCUCGAGGGAUUAUGGGCAAAGAUAGCGUUUGGAACAGGCUGUGUGGUGAUGGAGAGUUUGGUUGCUUUGAUGUGGAUGUUAACGCAGAGUGUGCUCUACUCUGUAUGCAAGGCUUACCACGGGGAAAGCAUAGAUGGAAAUCUCGGUGAAUAUCAGGCUAUUAACAACAAGAACCUAGAGAGUUUGGAGCCUUCAAAUCUAUAG